AUGGCUGCCUCAGAAGACUUGAUCAAUUUCGAUGUGAUCGAGGGCCAGAAGGAGAACAUCCAGGCUCUCCCCAGCGGGAGGUCCGCCAAGAAGCUGGCCGAAUUGUUUUCCCCUUCGCCCCUCCAGAAAAUACCGACGCCCUCGGACCAGAGAACCAUCCACGAUCGCAUCCGCGCAGAGUACGAAGAAGAAAUCGCCAACCUAGCCGAGGCGGACGACCCGCUCGACGUGUUCGACCGAUACGUACGAUGGACGGUCGACGCAUUCCCUUCCGCGCAGGCGACGCCGCAGUCGCAGCUCCACACGCUCCUAGAGCGCGCCACUAAGGCUUUUGUCAACUCGCCACAAUACAAGAACGACCCCCGGUAUCUGAGGUUGUGGCUUCUCUACAUUCAGCUCUUCUCCGACGCACCCAGGGAGACUUUCAUGUACCUCUCCCGUCACGCGAUAGCUGAGACCCUCGCGUCAUACUACGAAGCGUACGCUGGGUGGCUCGAAGCGGCCGGGCGAUGGAACCAGGCCGAGGAAGUGUAUAAGAUGGGCAUCGAGAGAGAAGCGCGUCCCGUGCAGAGGCUGCUGCGCAAGUUCAAGGAGUUUGAGGAGAGACGCGCGCAAACGCCCAGCGCUGACGAUGCUCCGUCUUCUCCUGCUCUUCCCGCCGUUCGACCUGCCCUCGCGGCCAAAGUAGACCCGUUCUCGUCGGCGUCGAGGCCGCUAGAUCCCCAGGCCCCUAGACCAAAUCCCGGGCUUGGCACAUCGGCGAGGCCAGGGAGGGCUAAGCUUGCUGUCUUCUCAGAUGCGGACGCAGCGCCCGCUGCGUUAUCGUCCCGCGGCGCCGGCUCCAAGGGUUGGGAGAGCAUUGGAUCGUUGGCGGAGAGGAGGAAGGAGAAUACAAUGGAACCAAAGCCGUGGGCGGGUGAGACGCUCAAGGCCGGCGGCAGCAAGAAGAGGGGACCAAAAUUGGAAGUGUUCAAGGAUAAGUCUUUGCUUUCACAAAUAUCACACUUUGUUGUUCUGUCAAGCGAAUACCAAGUGACCAUGAACCCCAACACGGGAAAGAAGGAACGCAUCUUUGUCGACCUCGCGACGCUCUAUCCCACCCCCAACGAGGCGGGUACGGAGCUUAGUUUUGAGGAGAUCUGGGCUAUGAACAAGGGCUGGCUGGACCAGUCUUGGGAGGAUGAACCGGUGAUGGAUGAGAAUGUGUUGUUUGAUGAUGAAAAUUCUCCUCACGUCUUCGGGGGCCAUGCGUCUCGUGUUGAUACGAUUAGCAGAGGCGUCGAGAAGCUGGUGAUUCAUAGGGAUGUUGGGGUGUAUGAUGAAAAUGGCGCUGUCAUGGAGAAGCCCCGAGGCAGCAAGGCUAAGAAGAUCAAAGUGAUGGAGGUCAAUGAGACGCAAAUAAUCAAGGCAAAGUUGGAUUCGCCGUCGAGGCCGAAGCUCAAAAAGAGGGCGGCGGCCGAGCCAACUAUGACGCUUCACACGAAAGCGGCGACGGACGACAUUUACGACAUAUUCAACCAGCCUCUACCGAAUAAGCCGGAGAGUGAGGCUGGAGAUAGUGACGACGAUUACGAGACUGAUGGCGACUAUACCAGUGGUGCUGAGAGUACUGGCACGACGAGACACAUAGGGGAUGAGUUUACUGAGGCGGGUUAUAUUACAGGCGAUGUCACCGAGGAUGUGACUACAGAUGUCACUGGUGACGUCGACGCAUCAACGGGUGAUGAGACGUCGGAUGUGAAGAGUGUCAGCGAGUGGUCCGACUUUUCUACUAGAAGGCACAUUCCCAAUCUUGACGAAGACCUCACAGGCGAGCACGCCAAUGAGGAAGACGACGAUGUUUCCGACCUCAUCGAUACUAGUGAUCCCGAUCCUUCGGGACCAAUAUCGGAACGGACCGGUGAGGAUGUGGAAGACGAAGAGGAAGAGGAGGAGCUAGGAGACGGUUUAGUGACACCAGUUGAAGACCAUUCUCCUCCCAUAGCGACGCGGACGACUUUCAUCCCAAUCCCACCGGAGGAUUAUGAGCCUCGCACUCGGCCCUAUAGGGAUCCGGCGGAGGUGGCUAAUAAUCGUCUCCCGUUCAUGACCCCCAUAACCGAGAGGACAGAGUCGUCCUUGGAUAUUCCAUCGCGCGACGAGCACUGCAAGACGCCUUGCCGACGCAACGAGGUUGGAGCCCUCGACGACGCCCUGGACUCCUCCGGCGAAAGCGACUUUAGCAGCCCUUUGAUUGAUCUUGACGAGAACCACUCCACCCCCUCAAAGACUCCUCCGGCGUCGUCUCUGAAGCAGCAUCUCGCAGCCGCGGCGGCCAAGGUCAAGACGGAGAAAGCCGCGCCUCGCAAGGGCCCCAUCAUCAAGGAUCCUCAAUGCAACCCCGUCGACGACAGCAUCCGUCUGGAGAUUCUGGCUAAUAUCCAGCCGCCACUGAGCUCGUAUGCUGGCUUCCACGAUCACCAGAAUGGCAAGUACGAAAAGGGAAGCGAGAUCCGGAGAUUUGCCAGGACUAUGGCCAAGGCCAACAAGAAUAGCGGUGAAAAGACGACCCCGGUGAGCGGUCCCGUCAUUCAUCUGCCUGAUAUCAAAUCGGAAUAUACCAUAAAGAAAGAGUUGGGUGCCGGGGCCUUUGCGCCUGUCUACCUUGUCGAGAACUCAGCCCCUAAUGAAGGAGAAGGUGGAGAAGAAGGAGCCGAUGGACACGUUGAGAUGGGCAAGGGCGCAUUUGCCCUUAGCCACCGCGAGUCACAAGAGGCCCUUAAGAUGGAAAUGCCCCCAUCAGCAUGGGAGUUUUACAUGACGCGUCUUGCGCACACGAGACUCGGUGUGCAGGAUCGUGCUGCGGCGUCGUUGACAUACGCGCACGAGAUGCACCUCUUCCAAGACGAGGGCUUCCUCGUCCUGCCCUACCACCCGCAUGGCACGCUCCUGGACAUUGUCAACUACUUCAGGACAGAGCCCUCGGGGGUCAUGGACGAGCAACUAGCCAUGUUCUUCACCAUAGAGCUCCUCCGCACCGUCGAGGCCCUCCACGGGAAGAGCGUCCUCCACGGCGACCUCAAACCCGACAACUGCCUCCUCCGCCUCGACACCACCACACUCACCACAUCCUCCUCCUCCUCAUCCCCCUCAUCCCCAUCGACUCCACCGCCCCCUCUCUCAAGCGACUACCGCCCCGACGGAAGCCAAGGCUGGUCCGCCCGCGGCAUAACCCUCAUCGACUUCGGCCGUGGCAUCGACAUGCGCGCCUUCACCCCCUCCGUCAGCUUCAUCGCCGACUGGAAGACCACGGCCCAAGACUGCGCCGAGAUGCGCGAGGGCCGCCCCUGGACCUGGCAGAUCGACUACCACGGCCUCGCCAACAUCGUGCACUGCCUGCUCUUCGGGCGUUACAUCGAGACAAUGCGCGCCGACGCGGGCGGCCUGGGGACCGCGCGGAAGUAUAAGAUCCGCGAGUCGCUCAAAAGGUAUUGGCAGGUCGAGCUGUGGAAUCGGUGUUUCGAUAUGCUGCUGAACCCGGCGAGUCAUGCGGGCGGCGAGGAUGGUGCGAGGAUGCCGCUUUUGAAGGGGAUGAGGGGCGUUAGGACGGAUAUGGAGAGGUGGCUUGUUGGAAAUUGUGAGAGGGGCGUGGGGUUGAAGGCUUUGGUUGGGAAGGUCGAGGCUUAUGCUAAGUCGAGGAAGUGA